UCUUCACCAGUGCUUUAAGUAUUAUAUAUGAGAAGUGUUUAUGUGUUUCAAUUGGAUAGGAAGAACACACACUGUUAGAAGACCACAGGAACUAUUCUAAUACAUUUGGACAAUUUAAAUCAAAGUUAAGAAUUUAACGACGACUGCAUUAAAAAGAUAAGUUUGCUCAUGCUCAGGUAGAAGAAACACGUGAGUGUCUACAACAGUGUGAAGCAAUAAGUAAAAGAUAGAAGUUUAUCCCGGAUUACAGCUUUAAUACGAUGCGACAAAUCAAUCUGGAUUACAACUUUAAUGUAACAAGACAAAUCAAGGACAUUACAUUAUCCCGAUUAAACUUCUGUGCUAAUUAAUUAGACUGGCUUGGUUAUUGAAAGGAUAACCAGUACGGGUGAUGUCAUCGAACUCUUUUAUCCAGUAGCACAAACCGAGCACGAAUAUGCGUUUUAAAUUGGUCGCAAUGUAAUGUGAAUUAAGUAUAUUAACCAACAUAUUAAACCGUUUUAUAGGGCAUUGGUAAAUGGGUUUGGACAAAAAACGGAUUCCAAUGACAGCCCUGUAAAUUGUUUAGCACGUCUGCCCAGAAUUACCAAGUGAAGCUGUCAGAAUACAGAAAGAUUCCUCGGGUAUCCAUUUACGUGAUUUGUGUGCUUAUCAAGAGGAACAAGCCUAGCUGAUUGAAUAUAUGGUUAAAGAUACAGCAGGACGACUCAAAAUUUAAAGGGAUUUAUAGUUUGGAUUCUACGUCAGUGCUGACCGAACAACGUUUACAGUUCAAUGUUGAUGAUUAUAAUAAAUUACAAAACGGCUGAACAAUCUUUACAAAUUUCUCGAAAUGACACAGAUCUUCAAUUCGCGUCCGAUUUAUUUACGCAUUGGAAGAAAAAAGACCACUUCCUUAGGAUAGAUACUCUGGUUACGUCAUUUCCUGUAGAAAUAAGAAGAUUUUUUAAUGGGCGGGGAUGCUGUCAGUACACGUCCUGUCUCCAAUAGCAGGGAGAAAUCACUCUGGUUUCCAAGAUUUCGUAAAAGAGGAGAGAAGAUCCUACACAGUAAACAUAUUGUAAUAUUUGUGAUAUUUUUAACUAUUUCUGAUUGUGCACUGGUUAUAGGGGAGCUUAUAUUGGAUUUAUACACAGUAAAAAAAUCGUUAGAGAAAUUAGAGGAAAGGUCAUCUCGCCUAAUGGACGGAUUAGAGUCCAAAUAUCCGAGCGAGUUCUCGGGAGAUUCCAGGAUGUUGGAUAUAGAUUACGUGAUAGACCGGUUGUUUCAUGCGGAUAUUCAGUGGGGUGCUGGUGUUGAUAUAUUUCAGAGUAACGUGACAACGGAUUAUAGUGCGCGGAAUAAUACACCACAUAACGAAACAAGACAUAGGCGAUAUGCGCAGCGUACGGAUGAUUAUUAUAUUCAGAGUGCUAUGAACAGGACAAAUGAGACUGCGGUGAGACAUGUGUAUUGGGAAAAAAACGAUCACACAUAUGCGGAGUAUGUAGCCCAUUGCUUACAUUACGCCAGCUUAUCAGUCCUCUCAAUUUUACUUAUAGAGGUUUCCUUAAAGAUUUUGUGUGCUGGAUCUCAUUUUGUAAAAAGAAAAAUUGAGGUUUUUGAUGCUGUGAUUAUUUUACUCUCGUUUAUAGUAGAUCUGAUAUUCCUCAAGGGAUUAUCAAAUUCUGCUAUUAGUGAUCCAGUUUUUAUACUUGCUUUUCUCUUGCCGUGGAGAGUUAUACGGGUAGUCAAUAGUUUAGUUGUAGCUGUGAUAGAUCAUGAACAUGUCAAACUUCGACUUCUUUACAGUCGGAAAAAGAAACUUGAUAAAACUGUCGAUAAUUUGAGGAAUGAGGUGGAUGAACUUAAGAGUUUAUUACAUGAAGUUCGUGCAUUUUGUAUAAAAGAUGGAAUGGAAGAAUGGAAGAUUGAUAAUUUAUUAGGAAAAUUUGCACCCCGAAGACGAAAAGAUUCAAAAUUUUACAGUUUGGUAAAACUGGUGAUGAGCACAGCAUCCGUUGCUGAUGACAAAGAGUCUGUUAGUUCCGGUUCCAUGGACCUGGAGAUUAAUCAGUUUGCCCGAAGAGAAAGUGUGUUAAAUGAGUAUGAUGGUUGUAGUACAAGUAAUGAGAAUACCGUAACCAGUUAUAAUUUCCUCUCAGUACCCAAUGCUUACGAUUCACGCUCACUCAACUCCGACAACGACAUAUCAAUUAGUUCGCGUCGUUCAUCCAUCGAUAGUUCUAGUCGACGAAGUUCCUUUAAUGAUGUGAAUCUACCUGUCCCAGAAUUCAUAAUCACUAACCCGGAACUGAAUACUCAAAUACCCUCGGAUGCUGAGUCCAUCGAACAACAGCAGCUUUUGCCUGAUAAAAAGGGAUCGACCAAUCAAGUUAGCCCUAUCCUGACCCGAAAAGAUUUGCCAAAUAGUCUGAGUCCUUACAUGAGCCGUAAAAACUUAUCCAAUCAGCUGAGUCCAUGCACGAGUAGAAAGUCUUCAAACAGUCAACUCAGCCCAUGCUUAAAUAGAAAAUCCUCAGCUUCUCAGCUUAGUUCGUGCUUAAGUAGAAAAUCCUCAAAUACUCAACUGAGUCCGUGCGUGAGUAGGAAUUCCUCACCCACUCAACUGAGUCCGUGCUUGAGUAGGAAAUCAUCAACCAAUGAUAUCAGCCCUUGCUUAAGUAGAAAUAAUUCUGCCACUCAGCUAACCCCUUGCUUGAGUCGAAACAGUUCAGCUAGUGACUUGAGUGGUAACUGUAACAGGGAAAGGGUAAAGCGUUCACCACACCGAGUUAAUUUUGUGUUAUCUUAGUGUUAAAUGUUUUUUGUCAUGAUGAUGUGGGGUAAGAGUGUUCUAAGUUCCAGGAAGCAGUACAACCAGUACAGGUGGAUUAAAUGUGUAUCAAUAUGAACCUAGAAAAUAAGAUGUAAAUCCAAGAUGGAGUAGUAUUAAAACAAGAUGGAGUAACAUCCGGUGAAUAGUAAAUGUAGCCAGUGGAGUUGUUUUCAAAGAUGAGUUUUAAACAAAGUCUAAAAUACUUCUGUCGACAAAUGUGUGAACCCUACCAGCACACUGAGAUACUGAAAAUUUGAAGAAACGCUGCAAUAUUAGUUUUAACGGGUCAAUUUUACAAUACAAAAACAGCUUCCUUGUAGCGGGUCAAUUUUACAAUACAGAAACAGCGUUCUUGUCCUGCUGUAUCGUUUAAAAAAUAUAUACAUUUAUGUUGCUAUGAUUUGGUAUAAAGCAUGACAUUUUUAUUUAAAUUGCUGUCAAAUUUUUAAUGGUCAGUUGCCUCUCAAAUGUUCUGUUUGGUUUGAUUACCUAGCCCAGCAGUUUUGUGGUUACUCCAUAUUCCUGAAGGCAGUAGUUACAGCAUUACCAUGAUUUGAUUUGAGUAGUUCACAUUCCCUUGUAGAUACUAGCACACAAACCAGCAAAUAUUUCACAAUAUGCUCAAAUAUGUCAACAUUUUGUUAGCAAGCACCUGUUUAUUUUGACAUUCAAUGGCUUUGUGACGAUGUGUUUGAAAGACUAUGAUGGCCCAAAACUUCCCUGAGUUAUAGCAAUGCUAUGCUGGCCAUUUUACCAUCAUGUUCAUGUCUGUAUUGUCAUAUGAUUGUUCAAAAUGGCAUAUCCUCAAUUACCAAAUAUGGGAUCUGAGAGGUCCAAGGGACUAUUUUAAUGGCCGCAUAUGAGCCCCAAAGGUUGGGCAAUCUGAUUUUUUGGGGAGAUGGGUAAAGUGACGAAAAAAAAUUAAUAUAUCAUCUAUAUGGCAAAACAAAUGCCUGGAAUCUAAUAAAACACUAAUCUUACUUUUCUUUUAAUUGAAUACCACAGAUUUGUACUGAAUUGACUAUGGAUUAAAACAUGCAUUUGCAGCAGGUAAAAUUUUCGAAAUUUUCUCAGGGAGUGCAAGGACCCCAGACCCUGCGAACACCAGCUUUGCCGGCAGCGACUACAUGGUCUUAACGAUUGAUUGGUUAUUUGGAAUUCAAGUCAACUUGACCACACUGAAUAGUAGGAAAACGCGUUCACAGCCAUUACAUUUCCAUCUGUCUCCCAAAGGUUGCAUCGCCAUGGACUGUAAAUGAUUGAUUGGUUGAUUGAAAUGCAGUUAAGCUAUAUUAAGCCAUGGGAUGGAAUAGCAGAAAAACACUUUUUACCAGAUUAUCUUGGGGAGGCCCAUACAUGGUAAGCUCUGCAUCUAUAGCAUGCCCCCUGUGAGCGGAAAUUUUUUCACCGGGCCCGUAUGACUAUGAAUUGGCGAAAGAUUUUCUAAGCUUUAUGAUUGAAAGGUGAAAGGUCAAGGAACCUAUUGACGACUCCUGACUACAGGAAAAUUAGGGGAUACUUUAAUAUAGUUUAGUGGUAUAAAUGAAAAUAUGACAUCGGUACUCGUUUAUAUUAAACACUUGGCUUUGAACGCUAGCCGAAAAAUGUCUGCUCACCUUGUUCCGUUUUCACUUUGUUAUAAUUAAUUAUCAAAUAUAUAUAUAUAUAUAUAUUGUAGAUAAAGAUUAUAUAUAUACAUGCACUUUCCACACUGGUAGUUAUAUUACUGUUCAGUAUAUACAUGUAAAUAUAUUGUACAUUUUUAUCGUUAUAAAUAGAAACCUAGUGAUUUAGAAAUCUAACACUGGCUUUAAAAAAACACACAACAACUGUGUAUAUUAUAUAAUAGUGACAAGUUUUUUUUUUUAAAGAGAAUAUGACACCCAGAAACGGUUAAUAAUUAAAUAUUGUGAUAAUCAAUGUAACAAAAAUAUCAUAGACUUAUUAUUGUUUUGAACAAUUUUUAUUAUUAUUAUUAAUGUUAAUAGUAUAGACUUAUUGUUUAAAACAAUUAAUAUUAUUAUUUAAAGGGGGACAACUGAACUAGAAUAAGUUGUCCGUAACAUAGCGUUUUUUUUUUUAUAGAGAAUAAGACAUCCAGAAAUGGUCAAUUAUUAAAUAUUGUGAUAAUUAAUGUAAAAAAUAUUAUAGACUUAUUAUUAUUUAAAGGGGCACAACUGACCCAGAAUAAGUUGUCUAAUUGUUUUAAAGCAUUAUUAUUAUUAUUUAAAGGGGAACAACUGAUAAAGAAAAAAAUUAGCCUAUAACAAUAUUUUGAUGAUUUCAGAUCUUUUAAGAUUUAUGAGUAUGGCACCAUUAUUAUAUAAUGUCAACUUUCAGAUGUAUUUGCAAUAAUUAUUAAUAGUCCUGUAAAUAUAGAGUGAAAACAUAAAGCCACACAAGACAGCGACUGUCAACAAAUUGAUGUUCAGCAAUCUUCAUUCAUUAAAAUAGCAAUGCUCAAUAAGUACUGUUUGAAAAAUAGAUAAGGUCAGCCAUCUCAGUUGUUAUGACUACUACCAGUUUAAAGGAAUGCUUUACAGUACUAGGAGAUUCAUUCAUUUUCAGUCCUUCACAUUUAAGUUGAGCUUUCGCUGCUGCUCCUCUCGACGCACCUCGACUUUCCUUCUCGGAAGUCAUUAAAGACACCUGUAAAUUAGUUAAAUCGCUCUCCUAAAUAUUGAGAUUAAUAAACUACUUUCAGUUUUUGUUUAUUUUCAAACUGCAUACGUUUGAGCUAUCAGUUUCCAUGAUGAUAAUUCUGAUGUUACCCUAUUAACCGAACAUAUUCACCAAAUAUAAAUACAAUUUGGCUCUCCUUAAUUCAAGAAAAUCUAGAAUUACUCUUGCAUUAUAAUUAAAAAGAAUUUUUUUACAGGAGUUUUUUUCUCAUUUUUAAAAUUUUAUAAACGUGAAGGACUGCAAUUUGGUUACAAUCUAUUGUAUUUAGUUCAAGACUUUUCAAAUGACAUUCCGUGAAAAUUUUAGAUUUUCUGAAAUGCGAUUCACAUAAACAUCAUGUGAUAAUAUGUCCUCCACCUGUAGGCAUUCACAACUUACUAACUAAAUAUUCUAAAAAAAAUCAAACUAAGCAAUAUUGGGAGAUUAUCUUAUCGUGUUAAUAAUAGUUGUAUCACUAUUUACCAAUGACCUUAUCCGCUUUUGAAACUUGGAAAAAACAACAAUUAUUGGCAUGGACUAUUCUAAGUAAAUUUCGAUGAUUGCUAAUAAAAAGUUAUAUUUACUCAAGCCUGACAGAAAUGUAGAAAUGAUUCUUCAUCUUGAAACAUGAUUCUAGUAACUUUCACUGGCAGCGCAAGUGGACUGGAUAAUCAAGACUAAGUAUCUCAUGCAUGUCAAUAAUUCCUUUUUUGUUAAUAUUCGUAUGAGUAGGGGGUGGGAAGGGGGAGAUAAUUCUACUGAAAUGACGAAAAACAAAUUAUACAAUGCAAUAUUUAAAACUAAACUGACAUAUCAAAUUGUACAGCAUGUGGAGUUGUCCUUUAAGUAAAAUAAAAACCUCCCCCUUGAUUGAGCUGGUUGGAGUCCGUGAAUGAUGCAUGGGUUGUGAUAAUAUUUGCCCAAUCCUUAAUCUCAAUCGCUGAUUAGUAUUUAACUUUGUGAACAUUUAAACAGUAGGUUGCUCUAAUCAACAUUCCGGUUCGUAUAUUCCCGAAUCGGGGAGUCAGACAAUGAUAGGUCUCCUUCAAGGGGUCCGUAUUUAUCAUUAUUAUUUACAAGGAGAUGAAGCGACUAUUGUUAUAGUUCUUAUAUGUAUAGUUUUUGUUAUAAGUUAGUUGUUUUGUUUAAAUAUUAAAAGAUGUAAUUAAAAGACAU